ACAGCAAGCAUUGGCGCAUUUCAGUGCCACCACGAGCCGUUAGCAUAUUUUUUUAGGUUCUUUUGAACCCGUCUUUCCCUCCCAUACGCAUCAUCCUCCGAGAGACAAACGUCGGAGUGGCCUCGUCUAGAAUGGGGAACCGAGACGAUGAAUACGAUUUUUUGUUCAAAGUCGUGUUGAUUGGGGACUCGGGUGUUGGUAAGAGCAACCUGCUCUCUCGAUUCACACGAAAUGAGUUCAACCUGGAGAGCAAAAGCACUAUCGGUGUGGAGUUUGCAACGCGUAGCAUUCAGGUGGAUGGCAAGACGAUAAAGGCGCAGAUCUGGGACACCGCGGGACAGGAGCGCUACAGAGCCAUCACCUCGGCAUACUACAGAGGAGCCGUGGGUGCACUCCUGGUGUACGAUAUAGCCAAGCACCUGACUUACGAGAAUGUGGAGCGUUGGCUGAAGGAGCUGAGGGACCACGCUGACAACAACAUCGUCAUCAUGCUGGUGGGCAACAAGAGCGACCUACGCCACCUCAGGGCCGUUCCCACAGAUGAGGCCCGUGCCUUUGCAGAGAAAAACAACCUGUCAUUCAUCGAAACUUCAGCCUUGGACUCAACAAAUGUUGAAGAGGCCUUCAAGAAUAUCCUUACAGAAAUCUACCGCAUCGUAUCGCAGAAGCAGAUCGCAGAGCGGUCGGCCCAUGACGAGUCUCCCGGGAAUAAUGUGGUGGACAUCAGCGUUCCCCCGACCACAGACGGUCAGAAGGGGAGUAAGCUACAGUGCUGUCAGAACCUGUAACCUCGGGGUAAAUGUCCGGCUGGCUCACUUUUAGGGUGCAUUAUAAAUUGGGAUCCAGUGCUGGCCUGCUACCGUCUUCCUGGGCCGCAAUAUAGUCGGAAAUUGACGUUAUUUAGAUCCAAGGAACCGGUUCAUGAGGCCAUGGAAGGAAUUGAUUUUAAGGUGUAAUAUGACCCAGUUUCAGCCUGCUACAGUACAUUAUAAUGCAGAUGCUGGACUGCUGGUACCACACAAGUGACUUAGCCAUGAGUGAAAAUUAGUCAGCAACAUCUGUGUCUCUAGUAGUUUGAGUGGUACCAGCACUCCGUUUUUGAAUUCCACUUCUCGUUGUCAUCUCUGAAGUGGUAGUGCCGCUGCUGAUGCUUUCUUCCUGUAAAAUAUAUUGUUUAUAUGUUUAUUAUUUUGAUAGCGUGUUGGUCACAUACAUUAUAUUAAUGCCAUGAAAUAAAUAAAUUUUACACUAUUACAUGGUU